AUGAAUAAAAAUAAAGAAUCUGGAAAACAAGUUUAAAAUAACAAAGUAAAUGAUUCUAAUUCAAAUAAAAAUAAAGAAUUAUAAAAGCUUGUUUAAAAUAAUAAGCAUUUUGAAUUUUUAUCAAGUGGAAAAAUUAAAUGCAUUUUAACUCAUCAUGAAAUCCUACCAACUUUACAAGAAUUUAACAAUUAUCUUAAUGGUAGAAGCUAUAAGAAUGCAUUAGAAAAUGAUAUUGAAUUUACAUAAUUUGAACCAUAUAUUGUCUAGCAUAAAACUGAUAAGUAAUAUUAAUUCAUAAAAAUUUAGAAAUAAAUUAUAUUGUAAUUUGACCAGAUAAAAUAUUAGUAAAAAGAAAUCUGUUGUUCUCAAACAUGUAAAUGGAAAGAGAUACAAAUAUUAUUUAUCCAGUAAUUCAAUUAUAUCUAUAAAUUCUUAGAGUACUUAGAGGAAUAAGCUAAAGAAGAACAAUAAAAUUAACGAGAUAAUUAAGAAGAUGAAGAUGACAUUUAAAAUGAAUUAGAAGAAUUGAAUAACUUAAUAAAUGAGGAAGUGGAGGAAGAAUAGCCAUAGAAAUAAAAAAGUGGCAUUCUAAAGGGAGGAAAGAAAAUAAAUAAAAAGAAAGUUAAACCAUAAUAAGAAGAAUAAAUAGAAAUUGAAUAAACAGUAUAAACUAAAUAGAAGAAACAAUAGUAAGAUGGAAAAUUAUAGAAAAAGUUAAAAAAUAAAUAAUAAAAAGCAUAAGUAGAAUGAA